AUGGCGCUGGUGAACACGCUUUGUGCUGGUUUCCUUGCACCACGGCGGUGGCAGGCAAUAAAGCCGGCACACGUUGCAUUUUACAAUAGAUCUCUGGGCUCCUGCAGGUCUGCCGGGCAGCGGGCACGUUCUGUACUGGCCGCUAUCCCCUGUGCUUCUAGCUGUGCUUGUGCUGCUGAACACAAAGGUGCGUUCAUUCUUUUCGGUGUGGGACGUGGCCGAAGUCUUUCCCCUGGGCAGAGCCCGCAGCAUCUCCGCUCCCCUGCCCGCGAGUGCCAGCCGGGCCGGGCCCCGCUCUGCACAACCAGCGCUGUGCCCCCAGCUCGGGGUCCAUCCCUCCCGCCGCGACCCGCCCAGCCCCGGGGCCGGGCUGCGCUCCGCGGGGCUCACCGCACCGGGCCGGCAGGAGGGACGCGGGCAGCCAUGCGGUCCCGCCGGGCGAGCAGCGCUGCUGGCGGGGUGAUGGGGGGCUCCGCGGGGAUAAACCCUGGCUCUGUGUCUGUUCCAGGUGCCCCGGGUCCCCCGAGGAACCCACCCGGCGCCCGGCUCCGGCUGCUCCCGCUGCUGCUGCUGCUGCUGCUGCUGGCGGGUGCCCGGCCCGGGGCGCUGGCGGCAGGCGGCCACGAACACAGCCUGAAUCCCAACACUUCUUUGUGGGAUAUGGAUCAUGAAAGACUGUUUCACAGUAAGAAAACCCUUCCUGAGACCCUGGGCUCCUCCAGCCCACUCAGGAGCCGCUCUCUCCUGAGCCAUGAGGGAAGGAAGAGCUUAACCCAGAACCUGGGCCAGAAACCACAAGAAAAGCAGCUGUCCUGUGACAUGCUCCUUAAACUUUCCAGAUAUAUUUUAAAGGAUACCUUUGGAUCUAGCUUGGCCUGGAAUCUUUUUAGGUUUUAUAACUGUGAUCGAGAAGUUAACCUGCCCAAAAUCCGUAUCGGUCCUCUCAAGGUGGCCCAGCACAAGGUGAAGCCGUUCUUGCUGCACAGAGUGCUGCAGCUCCUCAGGAAUAUGGGAGUGUUGUCCGAAACUCAGCAGUCCAAGGCCUUCAGUCGGCUCAAGAAGCAAAUGCUUAACCCAAGGAAAGCACCGCUGAAGCCUGAGAAGGAACAAAGUGGUGUGAGGAUGUUUGGGAAUGUUCUUGCGCUGUGGGCGCAUCCUGUAGCAGAGCGUGAUGGUGUGAGCUUCAAACAGGCUGCGUAUGCUUCAAACCAGCACUGCUGCGAAACAGAAAUCAUCUUGCAACAUGCAAUCUGGAAAAGACUGGAAGGAGAACAGUCUAGCCCCCAAGCAUCACUCUACAGAUAGGUGCUUCCGUGUUUUCCUUAAACAGAGAUAGGAAUCUUCAGAAAAGCAGGAUGAUGUGGCCUGUCUCAUUUACUCUGAAGUCUUCUUUCUCAGGCCCCUGAACGCUUGAUCCAAUGGGAAAUAGCACUGAAAUAAUUCUCCUGAAUGUAGUUCUUUCAGGAAAAGAAUCCAACCAGUGUAUUUCUGUGGAUUUUGAGGCUAAAGACGGAAACUGGCUUAAACAGUGCUCACACCUCAAAAACGUGGAGCUCUUGUUCAGGAAAACCCCAUGUAAAGAGAAGCAGCUUUGGCUUCACUGAUCAUUUCAUGAUGCCAGCACAAUGUUUAGUGUGAACUAAAGCCCGUGUUAUGUUUGUUUCCACUAUUUCUAUAUCAGAUUAAUUGUUGCCUUUUAUUUACAUUGCAAGUCCAUGAAAUCUUUUGCAC